GUCAGCAGCCCACGGAUCACAGCCCCACACGGGACAGCCGAGCCCUGAACCACAGGAGCUGAAGCCAGGUGCUGACAUGGGGGCCGCAGCAGAAGUCCUCUGGCUCUGUUUCCUGGGAUGCAUCAUCCACCCAGCUGCAGAAGCUGAGAUUCCUUCUAAAGGAACUGGCAGUGGCUUCCCAGGUGUGCUCCCAGUGUUCAUCGAACGCAUCUCUGGUGGCUUUCCUUGCGUUCCACACUCCCAUCCCUGGAUAGCCGCACUGUUCGAAAAUGAUGAUUCAUACUGUGCUGGAGUUCUGGUGCAUCCGCAGUGGGUGCUGUCAGCUGCUCACUGCUGGAACACAUCCUACACCAUUGGGCUGGGCCUCCAUGGACUUUUUGAAUGGGAUGAACCAGGAAGCCAGAUCAUCCAGGCCAAUUUCUCAGUGCAGCACCCAGAAUACAUCAGACCUUCGAACGGUAGUGACCUCAUGCUCAUCAAGUUAAACAGACCCGUUGUGGAAUCGGACACCAUCCGGACCAUCCCCAUUGCAUCCGAAUGUCCGACAGCUGGAACCAGGUGCCGGAUCUCUGGCUGGGGUCGGCUAUUGGAUGGAUACUACCCUUUAGAUCUGCAGUGUGCGGUUAUUCCAGUGGUUUCAGAGGAGUAUUGCAGAUUUGUGCUUGACUCAUACUACCACGACAGUAUGUUCUGUGCUGGUGCUCAAGGCCAUAAGGACUCUUGCCCGGCAGACUCUGGAGGCCCCGUGGUCUGCAAUGGGGUCCUGCAGGGCCUUGUGUCCUGGGGAUUCCAACCCUGUGGCACACCUGGAGUUCCAGGUUUCUACACCAACCUCUGCAAAUUCAAAGACUGGAUAAAUGAAAUCAUCAAGACCAGAUAAUCACAAAUGAUAUUGGGACUGAGUAGCCAGCACCGCCUUCUGAAUCUGUCCUUAGG